AUGGGCAAUCCUCACCUUGAUUCUCAAGAGGAGUUUGUCAAUAAAUCUAAUUUGGUGGAUGCCACUGGAUUACAAAACUACUAUGAUGCUUUAAACGAACUUGAGAAACAAAACGUUAAUCUGAACUCCUUUGAGCAACCGGUUUCUGAAUUCAACAGAUGGCCAACACUGUUUGAGAUUCUCAACAAAAAAACCGAAUCGCCUCUUGACCUAUGGUCAUUCUACGUAUUUAUGAGAGACGAGGAAAAUGCUAUUGAUUAUUUAGAUUUUUGGAUAGAUACAGUUCAACAUAUCAAUUUAUGUAAGGCUUAUGUGAAAGGUCUCAGAGACACUUUAAUCUCAAGCUCAAAGAUGAAACAAUCUGGUAAAGCAAAUGAUUUCAUAACAAAUAAAUCGGAUACGAGGAAAGCCUUAACCCAAAAAAGAACUAGGUUUGAUCCUCCGGGCGUUAUCAAUGAUGUAUAUUCAAACAGGAACUCGCAGAAUAGCAGCAAUGCGUCGAGGUCUUCCUCAACAUUACUGGAACUAUUGAUGAAAAAUGACUUAUUCGAAGAUCAAGACCCUCAUAGGUUAUCUACAUUCUUAAGAGGUGAAACUGCUAUAAGGACCAGUGACCCCCUGGUUAAUGCUAAAAUUGAAGAUCUAAAGAGAAAAUCGCAGAAUCUAAGUUCUAAAUUGGAUGAGAAAUGGGACGAAUCGAAGGAAGACAUGAGCUCUAAUUUUAGAACAUCUCUAAUUGAUCCCGAGAUGGUUGAAAAGUUUAUUGAGAAUGAUUUUGAUGAUCAACAUCGAAGCUUUGAUCAGUCUCAUUUAAUUUCAAGGUCUUCUUUAAGAAGAUCAACAAGAAAUAUCCUUGAAACAUAUUUCUCCAAUGAUUCAGAGAAAAAGUUGGAGAUUCCUCGAGGAAUCGCAAGCAGACUUAGGUAUGCAUUAGAAAACCAAGGAAGAGACGAUCCUGAAGUUUUUGACGAAGCAAGAGAAUAUGUAUUCAAGGCAAUGGAGUUCAAUGCAUACCCAAACUUUUUAAGAAAUCAUGCUUUGAAAAAUGUUACUAAAAAAUCCGCUGCAAUUAGACUGUUGCUUUCCAUAAUUUGUGCAUUAGCGGCAUUUUGGACAGGUUAUACGCUUAUAUUCAUGAACUAUCAAUCAAAGUCAACUAGAGCAGUAGUUGUCGUGCCAUUUUUCUUCAUGUCAUACUUGUUUUUCUCUGCAUUCUACAGGAUCGAUCCUUUUCUUUGCUUUGCUGGAUACUCCGAAAGUAUAGCUACACCUGGCGGAAUAAUUCCUAAUAGAGACAAGUAUGUUAGAUCUGUGCUGACAAAGAGAUCCUUGUUUGUUCUUACGGUUUUGUGCUUAGUUGCAGCAGCUUUUAGUAUCAUAUUUGCACUAGUUCCAGGUAAACGUCUGGUUCACUAG